CUCCACCUCCAUCUCCUCGCUCCCUCCAUCUGCCGUGGUUAUGGCCCGUCGCUGGAGCACAAAAGAGUCUCCGUGGUGGAGGUCGGCGCUGCUCUGGCUCUUCUGCGCCGGGGUGUACGGAAAUGGUGCUCUUGCAGAACAUUCUGAAAAUGUGCAUAUUUCAGGAGUAUCAACUGCUUGUGGAGAGACCCCCGAACAAAUUCGAGCACCAAGUGGAAUAAUCACAAGUCCAGGCUGGCCUUCUGAAUAUCCUUCCAAAAUCAACUGUAGCUGGCUCAUUAGGGCAAACCCAGGGGAAAUUAUUACUAUAAGUUUUCAGGAUUUUGAUAUUCAAGGAUCCAGAAGAUGCAGUUUGGACUGGUUAACCAUAGAAACGUACAAGAAUAUUGAAAGUUACAGAGCUUGUGGUUCCACAAUUCCACCUCCAUAUAUCUCUUCACAAGACCAUGUUUGGAUCAGGUUCCAUUCAGAUGACAGCAUCUCUAGAAAAGGCUUCAGACUGGCAUAUUUUUCAGGGAAAUCAGAAGAGCCAAACUGUGCUUGUGAUCAGUUUCGUUGUGGUAAUGGAAAGUGUAUACCCGAAGCCUGGAAAUGUAAUAACAUGGAUGAAUGUGGAGAUAGUUCCGAUGAAGAGAUCUGUGCCAAAGAAGCCAGUCCUCCAACAGCCGCUUCUUUUCAGCCCUGCGCUUACAACCAGUUCCAGUGUCUGUCCCGUUUUACCAAAGUUUACACUUGUCUUCCUGAAUCUUUAAAAUGUGAUGGCAACAUUGACUGCCUUGACCUAGGAGAUGAGAUAGACUGUGAUGUGCCAACUUGUGGGCAGUGGUUAAAGUAUUUUUAUGGUACUUUUAAUUCUCCCAACUAUCCAGACUUUUAUCCUCCUGGAAGCAAUUGUACCUGGUUAAUAGACACAGGUGAUCAUCGCAAAGUCAUUUUACGCUUCACUGACUUCAAACUUGAUGGUACGGGUUAUGGUGACUAUGUGAAAAUAUAUGAUGGAUUAGAGGAGAAUCCACACAAGCUUUUACGUGUGUUGACAGCCUUUGAUUCGCAUGCUCCUCUUACAGUUGUUUCUUCUUCUGGACAGAUAAGAGUACAUUUUUGUGCUGAUAAAGUCAAUGCAGCAAGAGGUUUUAAUGCUACCUACCAAGUAGAUGGCUUCUGUUUGCCAUGGGAAAUACCCUGUGGAGGCAACUGGGGGUGUUACACUGAGCAGCAGCGGUGCGAUGGGUACUGGCAUUGCCCAAAUGGAAGGGAUGAAAUCAAUUGUACCAUGUGCCAAAAGGAAGAAUUUCCAUGUUCCCGAAAUGGUGUCUGUUAUCCUCGUUCUGAUCGCUGCAACUACCAAAACCAUUGCCCAAAUGGCUCUGAUGAAAAAAACUGCUUUUUUUGCCAGCCAGGAAAUUUUCAUUGUAAAAAUAAUCGCUGUGUGUUUGAAAGUUGGGUGUGUGAUUCUCAAGAUGACUGUGGUGAUGGCAGCGAUGAGGAGAAUUGCCCAGUUAUUGUGCCUACCAGAGUCAUAACGGCAGCCGUCAUCGGAAGCCUUAUCUGUGGCCUGCUGCUCGUCAUUGCAUUGGGAUGUACUUGUAAGCUUUACUCCCUGAGAAUGUUUGAACGAAGAUCAUUUGAAACCCAGUUGUCAAGAGUGGAAGCAGAAUUGUUACGAAGAGAAGCCCCUCCUUCGUAUGGGCAGUUGAUUGCUCAGGGUUUAAUUCCACCAGUGGAAGAUUUUCCUGUCUGUUCCCCUAAUCAGGCUUCUGUUUUGGAAAACCUAAGGCUAGCUGUACGAUCUCAGCUUGGAUUUACUUCAAUCAGGCUUCCUAUGGCAGGCAGAUCGAGCAACAUCUGGAAUCGUAUUUUUAAUUUUGCAAGAUCACGUCAUUCAGGGUCAUUGGCUUUGGUCUCAGCAGAUGGAGAUGAGGUUGUCCCUAGUCAGAAUACCAGCAGAGAACCUGAAAGAAAUGCUCACAGAAGUUUGUUUUCCGUGGAGUCUGAUGACACAGACACAGAAGGUGAGAGAAGAGAUACAGCUGGAGCUGCUGGUGGGAUUGCAGCACCUUUGCCCCAAAAAGUCCCUCCCACAACAGCAGUCGAGGCUGUCGUGGGAGCAGGUGGAAGUUCCUCAACUCAAAGCACCCGAGGCAGUCACCCAGAUAAUGGAAGAGAAGUGACCAGUGUGGAACCCCCAAGUGUGAGUCCAGCUCGGCACCAGCUUUCCAGUGCUUUCAGUCGUAUGACUCAGGGACUACGUUGGGUACGUUUUACAUUAGGUCGAUCAAAUUCCGCAAGUCAGAACCAGAGUCCUUUGAGACAACUUGAUAAUGGGGUAAACGGAAGAGAAGAUGAUGAUGAUGUCGAAAUGCUUAUUCCGAUUUCUGAUGGAGCUUCAGACACUGAUGUUAAUGACUGCUCCAGACCUCUUCUUGAUCUUGCCUCCGAUCAAGGACAAGGCUUUAGGCAACCACACAGUGCAACAAACCUUGGAGUAAGGCCAAGCAAUCGCGAUGGCCCCUGUGAGCGCUGUGGAAUCGUCCAUACUGCCCAGAUACCAGACACUUGCUUAGAAGCAGCACUGAAAAAUGAAACGAGUGAUGAUGAGGCUUUGUUACUUUGUUAGUCCUAAUCACAUAAGGGAGAUUGUAUACAAGUUGGAGCAAUAUCCAUUCAUUGUUUUGUAAUGUUACAAUUAAACUAGUUUUAGUUUACAAAAAAAAAAGAUGCAGGAUGAUUUUUUAUUAUAUGUUAGCCUGCAUAGUUAAACAACUUGUAACUCUAUGAACUUAGAGUUUACUCUUUUAGCAGCUAAAACUACAUUAUGUGUUCAUAUUGUUCAGUAAUGUUCUUCCAUUUGUUUUUAAUUGUUUUCAUCCUGGUACUGUAGUUCACAGUAGAAAUACAGCUGCUUAAACUCAGUUGACUGUCAUUUUAUCCGUCCUAUGUUAAAAAAGAUUUGUCUUCAAAUUGAGUCUUUUAUGCUUUUGCCAAUACACAAAUUAUUACACUAGAUGUUAAGAUUGUUGAUGUACAAAAA